AGAGUUUCCUUACUUCUUCCUCUGCUUUAAACAAAAAGAAGAAAAACUCUCAAAAACCAUGGCUAACAAAUCAAGAACCAGAUGGGUUCUCCCUUACAAAACCAAGAACGUGGAAGACGAUUACUUUCUUGGCAAAGUCCUCGGACAAGGACAGUUCGGAACCACUUUCCUCUGCACCAACAAAAAGACAGGACAAAAACUUGCCUGCAAAUCCAUACCAAAAAGGAAACUCCUCUGCCAAGAAGACUACGACGACGUUUUGAGGGAGAUUCAGAUAAUGCAUCACUUGUCUGAGUUCCCCAGCGUUGUCCGUAUAGAAGGCGCCUACGAGGAUUCCAACAGUGUCCAUAUUGUGAUGGAGCUAUGUGAAGGUGGUGAGCUGUUUGAUAGGAUUGUGAAGAGAGGUCAUUACAGUGAGAGAGAAGCAGCCAAGCUUAUAAAGACUAUUGUUGGUGUUGUUGAGGCUUGUCACUCUCAUGGUGUUAUGCAUAGAGAUCUUAAGCCUGAGAAUUUUUUGUUUGCUUCUUGUGAUGAAGAUGCUUCUCUUAAGUCUACUGACUUUGGCCUCUCUGUUUUCUGCAAACCAGGAACAAUGUUUUCAGAACUUGUUGGGAGUGCAUACUAUGUGGCACCUGAGGUUUUACAUAAGCAUUACAGCCGUGAGUGUGAUGUAUGGAGCGCUGGAGUUAUCCUCUACAUUCUCCUAAGUGGUUUCCCUCCUUUCUGGGACGAAAGUGAGUUUGGCAUCUUCAGAAAGAUUCUACAGGGGAAAAUGGACUUUGAGACCAGUCCCUGGCCUAGCAUCUCAGAGAGUGCCAAGGAUCUUAUAAUGAAAAUGCUUGAGAAGGAUCCAAAGAAAAGGCUAACUGCUCAUCAAGUGUUGUGUCACCCGUGGAUUGUGGAUGAUAAGGUUGCUCCAGAUAGACCUUUGGACUGUGCAGUAUUGUCCCGCUUGAAAAACUUCUCUGCAAUGAACAAACUCAAGAAGAUGGCUUUAAGAGUCAUUGCAGAGAGACUGUCUGAGGAAGAGAUAGGUGGGCUCACAGAGCUGUUCAGAAUGAUAGACACAGAUAACAGUGGCACCAUCACAUUUGAGGAGUUAAAAGACACUGUGAAGCUCGUUGGUGCAGACCUUAUGGAAUCAGAGAUCCGAGAACUCUUGCGCUCAGCUGAUGUUGAUGAAAAUGGAUCAAUAGACUAUGGAGAGUUUUUAGCUGCAACAAUCCAUUUGAACAAGCUGGAGAGAGAGGAGAAUCUAGUGGCUGCUUUCUCUUUCUUUGACAAAGAUGCAAGUGGUUACAUCACUAUUGAUGAGCUUCAACAGGCUUUGAAGGAGUUUGGUAUAAAUGAUUCACAUCUUGAUGAAAUGAUCAAAGACAUUGAUCAAAACAAUGAUGGACAAAUAGAUUAUGGAGAGUUUGUGGCAAUGAUGAGGAAAGGAAAUGGUAAUGGCGGAGGGAUUGGCAGGAGAACAAUGAGGAACACACUCAACUUUGCAAAUUGGAAAUCCUGUUCCUGAUGAGUCAAUGAAUGGCCCAAACUUUUCAAUUUACAGAAGUUUCUGAGUUGAGUAAAAGUUGGCAUUAAUAACUUCAAACAAAACAAUGAAAAGUUGAUGUGUCUUAAAAGUUGAUUUUAAU